CUCACUUUAAAACCACACUCACACACAUGAACACCCACCCAUUCAGACAUCUCACCAGAACCUCCGUUUAAACAAUAGAAUCCCAUUGACGGCCGCGUGCCGUUGCAUUUGGACGAUAGUUUUCUCUAUUUCUCCACUUUUCCCACAGCCUUUAAUUGAUGAUUGUGAGAGAUGAAUGUGAUUGCAAAUAGCAACAGGGACGAACAUACUGCACACAGGAACGAAUCACACACGCGUGAACGGAGAGGGACGAACCCUCGGCCGCCUGCCUUAUCGCUCCCUUUUAUGCUGGUGGACAGCAAAAGGUCGAGACUAGCGAACGCACGGCGAUGCUGUCGUAGGAUAACAAGAUUGUCAAAACCUGUACAUUUGUAAUGAUCGGCUCUCUGUAAGAGUAGGAUGUAUUUUGAAGCGGUAAAGCAGUGGGCCAAGCGAAUCGCUAGCGUAAGAGAAGAGCUACCGGGUGAACGUUUGUUUCUUCCGUUGUCCUUAGAAUUUACCGCUUCAGAAUAUGCUUGCUCCUGCCCGAUUGCAUCGGGUCCGCACAGUUUGUAAAGUAGUUUGUAAGCUAUGGAGCUAUUUCUCCCUGCUGGCUGGAUUACCUGGAUCGUGUGCGGACUUUGAGACCCUCUAGAGGACCAUAGCGUAACGUGUGUUAUCAUCAUUCAUCAUUAUCAUCCUUCCCAACGCUUCUAUCGCCAACCACUGUCCGACUGUACCGUUUGUAUGACUCACUUUUGGGUGACUAGUUUUAGCUGUUCGGCUCACAACCCGAUAAGGAAAACCUCCCCCUUUACAUCUUUACCAACACACUUCUUUCCUUUAUGGGUCUUCGGUCGCCCGGUUUACGAUUCCGGUGUUCCUAGUGGCUCAAAGAUCGCACAAGCGUCCGUCCGCACCUCUCCAACACAGGACACAGGGCGUCUGUUCAGAAGUGAGGCCUAAAUUGGUCAUCCGUUACGUCCGACCGAUCUCCAAUACUACAAUACAUCGUGUUCUGCUUUGCAUUAAGAGUCGGAUUAAAGAAAGUCUCAAAUACAGGACAAGCUCAAAACGAUCGAAAACGUUAUCGACAUGCUGGACUGUAUCAUAACAAAAGACAGGACACCGUCACCACCGCCUGGCAUGCUGUUACCCGGCACAAUUCCACCGUUACUUACCAUUCCGGACGCAACAUCACCCACUGCUGGCAUCCGCGAAAGUGAUGGUGGCGAUGCAAACCGUCGCACAUACCGCAACCCAUCACGUUCACCACGUGCGGAUGGUGCUGGUAAAACGCUUGAUGGUGCGAGGUCGGAGUCACUAUCUCCGGAACGACUUAAGAAUGAAGUUCUGGAGAGUAUGCGCGGAAAACGCAAACCUUCAGAUCAGAAGCCAGCUGAUCACGCCGAAGUCAAAACAAAAAAAUCCCCCUACAACUACGUGCAUUAUGAUUCUGAACUGCACUGGUGCUCUGGUUGCAACGUGUUCCCGAAAACAGCGCGAGAAUAUCUGGCGCAUUUGCACUCGGAACAGCACCAAAGCCGGACGAUCAUUGACGAAGGCUCGACCGAAGAGCAAAAGCUGAAGAUAGCACCAUGGCGCGCACAGCUGGACACGAACGAUAAUAUGCUUAAUGCAGAUGCGCCGACCAAAAGGGUACCGAUACGUGGUUUAGAAUUUUUCAUUCCAGCUACGGCAUGGUUCUGCAAGCUGUGCAACUAUUGGAUGGGAGAUCUUCACUGUGCAUCUUGGCAUUUAAAAUCGCAAAACCAUGCUGAUGCGUAUGGUAAAUAUAUCAACGGUCAUAAAAACUACGAGAUGAACUGGAUGGCGGAUCGACAAACAGCAUUUGAAGAGCACGGAGAAGCAAAUCAAGGAGGUGAUGGAGAUAUUCCUGCUCCACCGCCACCACCCACAGCGGAAGAGCUUCGGCUUGCUGCUUCUGGUACACAAACGAACAAACUGCUCGAUGGUUCCUCAUCUUUCCACAUUCUACCAAAAAGCUCCAACCAAGAUCAUAAUGCACCCUCCCUGGCGGUCGACAGCAACCGGCCAUCCGUGGCCAAGGUUGAGCAGCAAGGUUCGACGUCAAGCACUUCUAAAAAGGCUAAGAAGAAGAAGUCUCGUAAGGAAGACCGUAAGGAAAAGAAGAAAAAGAAACGAACAAAGAAAAGGAAACGUGCAGCUGCUUCGUCCAGUUCCUCUUCGUCGUCGAGCAGCAGUUCGGAUUCGUCCGAUUCGGACUCCGAGUCAGGUUCCGAUAAAGGCAGCAAGGGAAGUACAAAGGAAGAAAAUCCAAUCCAUGCAGCCAUGCGCAAUAUUUUGAACUCGAAAGAGAUGAAUGCUAGAGAGGUAGCGGCCGCCGUUGCUGCAGUUGCUGCCGCAGCGUCUAAACCUAAUGCUAACGAUGACGGUACGGCGGGGCUUGGUAGUGGAGCAAAAGGAGACCAAAAUUUAGGCAAGUGGACCGUUGUGCAUCCGGCACAGGAAAGAAAACUGGCCUCAUCCAAAGGAUUAUCCUCUGCCUCAUCGGCACCUCCGCCACCUGCAUCGAAUUUUCCACAAGUAGCUCCCAACUCCUCUAGCUUGGAGGUGGAAGAUAAAAAGCGCAGUGGACGCGACGAGGAACGAGAAAGAGACCGCGACCGGGAUCGGGAUCGUGACAGAGAUAAGCGAAGCGUUGACCGUCGCGAUCGCUGGGAUCGACGAGAUACGAGUCCAGACCGUUACGGUGGACGUGAUCGCGACCGGGGUAGAAGAUACGAUUACCGCGAUUAUCGUGAUCGCCGCGAUCGACGACGUAGCCGUUCGAGGGGGCGUAGAAGCCGCAGCGGAAGCGGCGCGGGACGUCGAUUCCGUCGACGAUCGUACUCUCGCUCGCGUACACCGCGUUCUCGAUCGCGUAGCUGGUCCCGAUCAAGCCGUGGAAGCCAUCGAGUGAUCGAAAAACCUGUUGUAAAUUUUCCUCCGCAACCGAAACCGGUUAAAAUGGACAAAAAGAGUUCGAAAGCCCAAGGCAAGACAGUUGGCCGUUCCGAUGACGGGGGUUCGUCUAGCAAGAAGAUCAAAUCUUCGUCUAGCGGUUCUAUUAAAGAAAACAUUGGUGAGAAAGGAACGUUACAGAAGAAGCUUCCCUUUAUUGGUCGCAUGCCUGUAUUUAAAAAGCAGCAAGCGGAAAAUGCUAAAAAGGAAGAAGCGGCAGCGGCAGCAGCUGCAGCAGCACCAAACGCCGAAGAGAGCAGUGAUGCUGUUGUGGAGCAACAAGGUGAAUUGGCUACUUCAAACGUUAACGAUUCAACUAGUGCCCCUAUGGUCGCUGCAGGCGAUGGGAAUGAAACAACCGCGACAGCUAUGAUGAUGAUGCCGGUUCAAGAAGGUGUAUACGACUCCCAAAUAGCACAAGGAACGGAUGCUUACCAGUACGCGGAACUUCAAAUGGGAGAAACAGUAACACCCCAAGACAUGGAUGUAGCCAGUGUGGAAGAGCAGAUGGGAGAAGAUAAUGUGGUGAGUCAGGAGGAGAUCAUUUCCGAGCCACCUCUUGAAAACACCGAACAAGAUCCCGACGCAUACGUCACAGCAGAUGGGCAAGUUCCACUACCGAAAGAUUUUCAGGAAGCACUCGACAUCAUUUACGAUGGUGGCGAUAAGCCGAAGCGCGCGGAUGUGAUUGCGAAGGAAGCAGCCGCAGCAGCUGCAGCAGCAGCAGCCGCCGCCAAACCACCAGAAAUAGUGCCUAAUCCGCACGAGCAAGGAUCUAUGAUGCCGGGUAUGGGCGUACCCAUGAUGAUGGACCAUGAUCAACCGCACAUGAUUGUCCCGGAAGCGAUCGAUAUGUAUAACCAGCAGUACGCACUCGAAUAUGGUAUGCAUUCGGCAGCGUACAUGGCAGCAACUGGUGCCAUGAUGACCAUGGGUCAUGGGGUUGUACCGGCGGAGAUGCAUUAUGUGGAAGAUGAGUCGCAGAAUCAACCGUUAGACAAUAUGAUGUACGGUACAAUGCAUUCCGCCACGGACGCGGCGGCAAUAAUGCACCACCACCAGCAAAUGGUGGCUGCAGGUGCGCUUGAUCCGAAUGCUGCAGCCUAUGCCAUGGCAAUGGUUUCCGGUGGUGGAUAUACGCCAGAAAUGAUGGCCAUGCACCAUCAGGCAGCUGUGGGAGUUACAGAUGGUAAUAUAAUGAUGGAGAGACAGCCGGCUUCAGCAAAUGAAGCAUAUCCAUCUGAAAGUACAACGGUAGAUACAGAGGCGGGAGCAAACAGGCAAAGAGCAGAAAGCUUUGUUGCAGACAAUUCCGAGGAAAAAAUGGCAAAAUCAUUGGAAAGGCAAGAUACCGCGACAGAAGACAAUAGUGGCAUCGAAGCUUCAGAUAUGCAUAGCAGUGAGGCUGAAGAAACCGUUGAAGCGGAGCAAGUAGUAGACGAACACGUUUCCAAUCCGGAACACGAGCAGAAAAUUGCAAAUGAAGAGUCAAUAGAGGGGCAAAAGGCUGUAAAAGAAGUCUCUUCCUACCCGGAACACGAGCAGAAUGUUGUGCCCGAGACGUCAGAAGAGGCAGAACCGGAGCAAGCAGUAGAUGAAACCUUCUCUUAUUCAGAACACGAGCAACCUAUUGUAAACGAAGCAUCACAAGAUGCAGAAUCAGAGCAAGCUGUAGAAGAAAGCUACUCCUACACGGAACACGAGCUGCAUGGUGGUGUCGACGAAGCAUCCGAAGAGGCAGAAGCUGAGCAAAUAGUGGAGGAAGUCUACUCCUACACGGAACACGAGCAGCAUAUUGCAGAAGACGUACCAGUGUCGGAUAAUGACGAAGAUGAGGCAUCUAUGGGAGCACACUACGUUGAAGACUCGAUGCAAUCGAAUGAAAACCAAGAUCAGCCUGGAUCGGUUGAAAAUUGCGAAGAAGAGGUAGUGUCGUCAAACGAAGCCUACGGGCAGGAAGCUACAUCAGAAGAAGACGAUGUCGAGCAGGUGCUGCCCUCAGGGGAAUAUUACGAACAAUCCGAACAAAUGCAGUCAACCCAAUCUAUACUGGAUAGCAUGAUGGCCGCUGCUAUGUGCAACUACAUUGAGGAAGAAGUUGCCGAGGAACAUUCGCAAGAUUCUUAAUAAUGCAUUCUAGAAAAGGCAAUGUAUUUGGUUGCGUCAUAAGAAGAAACCCAGAUGGACCAUAAUAAAUAGAACUAGCAUAUGCUUUAUGGUGUCACGACCAGCGAGAUAGACUCUGCCAUAUAUUGGUUUGCCAGAUAGGCCAAAUAGUCAGGUCUUACCAAGCGGUAGUUUAUCCAGAACAGAACACACAACCCGCGAAAUGUGGGCCACGUGUUAACAAACUUAUUACAUCAAAUAAUGAUCUACGUUUUAAAUAUAUCUGGUCAGAUAAUUUUAAUUUCGAUAUUUUGCAUUCAUUUUUAUUUUUUUCUGUUAUUGUGAACGGUGUACGGUGGAAGUAAAUAUUGAAUGAAAAUAAAAUUAUGGUUAACAUCGUGA